CUGAAACUGUACAGAAUGACUGCUAAGGCUGCACUGCUUCUAUUCCUGUUGCUCUUCCCUCUGCCCUGGACCCACGCCUUUGGCUACAAGACGGGUAAGUCCCAGAAGCGAUCUAUAGGUUUAUCCAGCUUACAUUACGAUGAUGGGCAAAAUGAGGGCAUGGAAGAUUGUAAGAAGGAGGGUGGAGAUGGUUCCAAUGUACAAGUGCCCAUUAAGUCGGUGCCACGACAAAAGGCCUCCUGCAUUGCCAUGAAGGCAGCACAAGAAGCGAAAGCUGCAUCCGAUGCUCAGCUGCCGGCCGCGGAAAAUGCUGCUCACCAGGUUAAGAUGCAGCUGGCAGACAAGGCGCUGGCCGCAGCAAAUGCCGCAGAGGCUGCCCUGGCGGGCAAAAAGCAAAUCGUUGAUCAACUGGAAUCGGAGGUGCGUGAAGGUGAGCUCGUCGUCCAGGAAGAGUCCGGCUCCCUGCAAGCAUCGCAGGGCAACUGCAACGCAGCCACACAGGCGGCAAGGCAGGCUGGCUUACAGGUGAAGUCCUUAAGCGAUGCCGUCAAGAACGCCCAGGCCAAUGUGCUAAACUCGGAACAGGCGGCCAACGGUGCCCAGCAGGAGCUCAUCGAGAAACAGCAGCUAGUCGAGGCCGCCAAAAAGCGCGUUGAGCUGCUCCUCCGUCAGCUCGACGGAGCACGAACCGAUUUCAGGAAUACCCAAAAGGCGGCCGAGCGUGCCGCGGGCGCCGCCCAGGAAGCCAAACAGCGCGCCUCCCGGGAACGCCGCAUGGCCGAAAUACGCUUCAAGCUGCAUCAGCAUAUGCAUCAGUAAAUACAAUCAUAUUCAAAGUACUGCUUUUUUAUUUU